AUGGAUUUAAGGUGUACUCUAAGGGGUUUCGAAAGGAACGGAGGUACAAAACUCGGUUUCAACCUGCAACAAGGUUGAAACUCUUAUAUCAAAAUCCCAUCUAAACAAUUCGAUUUAAAAAAAUUUUCUACCUAUAAAUCUACUAUUGUAAAUCCUGGAGUCUGAUCUGGUUUAAUAGAUGGUGAGGGUUCAUUUGGUAUAACAGUAGACAGGAAUAAAACGCGUCAAUUAGGUUGACGUGCUCAAUUGAAAUUUCAAAUUGGUCUACAUACAAAAGAUCUUAACUUAUUAUAUUUAUUCCAAGAAUACUUGGGUGAUAUUGGUUCUAUUCAUAUAGCUCGAAACCGAAAUAUAGUUAAUUAUUCUAUAGAUUCCAUUAAAGAUUUAAAUAAACUUAUUUUUUAUUUAGAAAAAUAUCCAUUAUUAACUCAAAAAGCCGCGGAUUUAUUGUUAUUUAAACAAGCGAUAACACUUGUAAAUAAUAAAGCCCAUCUUACUGUUGAAGGUUUAAAUCAAAUAGUAAAUAUCAAAGCAUCCAUGAAUUUAGGUUUAUCUUACAUGUUAAAAUCUGAGUUUACUGAAUAUACUCCAGUUGAAAGACCUGUAAUAAAUUAUGAUAAUGUAAUUAUAUACCCUGGUUGAAUUUCAGGAUUUGUUAGCGCUGAGGGUAACUUUGAUGUUCGUAUACCAUCAACUAAUAGUAAAUUAGGUUAUCGAGUACAAUUGAGGUUUAGAAUAACUCAACAUAGUAGAGACAUGAGAUUAAUGGAGAAAAUAGUUGAAUACUUAGGGGCAGGAAAAAUAUACAAAUAUAGUGCUGGUAAGUCUGCUCUUAGUUUAACAAUAGUUGAUUUUACUGAUAUUACCAAUAUAAUUGUACCAUUUUUCAAUAAAAACCCUAUAAUUGGUAUAAAAUUCUAUGAUUAUCUUGAUUGA